AUGGAAAUAGCAUCCUCCCUGGAGGCAGCAUGCUAUUUCCAUGAUCAUCAUCCUAUUCCUGGCUGCUCUGACUGGUGGCAUAGCUGUUCACCCCUCAGUGUGGCUGAUCUAGUAAGACCAUAUUUUGGGCCAUGUGCAGCAGUGAAGCCUCUGGAUCCAGGGGGUUAUACUUUCGUAGCUAGUGGGACUGAGAAGCUGAAGGAUUUGCACUUUAUAAAGGAGCUUGAAAGUGCAGCCACCUCAGAUGCAGUUGUGAGGGAGAAAAUUGCUAAUCUCCCAGCAGAAGUCUCCGAUGUAAACCUUCUUAACAAACUACAAGAUCUAGCUGCAGGUCGUGCACUCUGCCAGAAAGUUGAGGAAGCACUUUCCAUGUUAGAGGCCUACAAUAAGAGACUCGCAGAAGAGAUGGAGGCUCGUAAGGCUGUGGCCCGCAUGCUUCACGACUACAUUGCAUAUCAGAAGGACCUACUUGCACAAGCAGAGGAAACACUAGAAGAACAUCGUCAGAAGCAAGGGAAGGUAAAGAAGGUCAGGGAGGAGCUAAGAGCGCACCUUCAGAACCUUCCAGAUAUCUCAAAACUGCCAAAUAUUAGAACGGGGGGACUGGCUCCUCUGCCUUCUGCGGGCGACCUCUUUACAUGAUCUCGUGGACUGUAGGGUUAUAAUUUUUUUUUUGUCACUUGUUAUUUUGUGAUACCUAAAUGCCCAGAACUAUUAAAUAGUUCUGAUGGACAAUACUAGCAUGAAGUAUAGAUAUUCUUAUUGUUAUGUGAAUAUAAAAUGUGAGGUUUGAAUGAUGGGUAUUAUGAUGUACAAGUCCUUCUGAAAAGUGGAUUAUGCAUGCAUUUUUUUUCAAUUUUCAAAAAGAUUUUGUAUUUGUGCCAAUAGAACACAUGUCUGUUUAUUUUCAUAAUCUUAUAAUCAGGUUUCUUUUUCUUUUAAAUUUAAUUAAAUGUAAAUUAUCUUUGAUAGCAUAUCAUAGUAGUACAUAGUAGAUGGCCUCCUAACAAGAGGUCUGCAAGUUGUCCUAUUAGUUUUCAGAAAAAAACUUUCAGUUAGAUAAAACAUGUUGUAUUCUAUGACUUGAUAUAUAUGGCUACAACCAUUCAGAAGUGAGCAGCUUUUUUGAGUGUCUUGCUAACUUUGUAUCAUGCAUUUUUUACUUUUCUUAUAGUUUUAUUCAGACUCCUCAGGACACUUGUGGUCUUAUGUGGGUGCUUGUUGAAUGACAAGGUCACACAGAGAAUUGUUACUUCGAUGCAAAUGUUCGAGUCACUGAAGGUCACUACUCUUUUGUGAGAUGCACUUCCUGCAGUGAAGGUUGAUACAUAUUUUAUAUGUAUACAGAUAUUUCAUUAUUCAGUGUAGAUAGAUAAAGGAGAAGGAAAAAAAUGGAAAGAUUUUAAAUUAAGUUAAAUGGUUAUUACAAAAUGAAUAUGAAACACAUCCUGGCAAAAGAGAUGUGCCAUCUUGAAGAUGUGUUAGAGUAUACAUAAAAUUUCCUGUUUUGCCUUAAUGCCCUUGAUAAUAAUGAUGAUAAUUUUAUUGUAUUAUGGCUUCCCAAGUUUUUGUUUGAUAGUAAGUAGUCAGUCAGAUUUCUCUCAUUUUUGUUGUCAAUUAGAUACUUAUGUUUGAUUCAUGCAGUUCCAUUCAUUAUGUUUUUUGUGUUUCUUCUCCAGAUCUUACUUGAAAAUUGAAAAUGCCAAGAAGCUGUGACAAUCAGUUAUUGAUGAAAAUGUUUGAUUUAAAAAGAGAAAAAUGAAAUGGUUGCUCUAUCUAUUGAGCAGUAUUUUCUAUUUCUUUGUCUCAUGAGUAAAUCAUGCCUAAUGUGAUAGAUGUAGAUAUCAUAUGCAUUUGUGUGUUGCCCGAUUAUGUCAAAUAGUAUGAAGUGGUUGAGGACAUUACAUUUAAUGUCACAUCCUGUGAUAAUAGUGCAAAUAAUUCUUCACAGAGUCAGAGUCUAGUGGAGCCUUUUUUUCCAUAUUUUUUUGGAUUAAAGGCAAAUCAGAUGGUACAUUACCGCUGAGUGUUGUCUACAGUUGGAACUCUUUUCUUUUUCUGUCCCAGGGAUUUAUAUCUUGUCAUACACUCUCACUCUUUCCAAAGCACAGAUAUUUGUCACUUGAAACGACUGCACCUGCAUAAAGAGUUGGAAAAUUGACGUAAAACAAAAUCAAAUGGAGAAAAAACAUCAGCCUUUUAUUAUCACAAAGCCAUUCAACAGAUUUUUCUCAAGAAUAAUAGAUCUUGCGUCAUGCCAAACAAAAGGAGAUUUUUCUUUGCUUGUUACUAUUUUUUUAUUGUAUUAUGUGAUGAUCGGCCACCAUUCUAUUCCCUUGAUUGCUGAAUGUUGUCAAGUGUAACAUUGUUGUGUUUUGUUUUUGUUGUAAUCAAGGUUACUCAUUUAUGUAAGGAAUCACUCAUCUUUUUGUUGGUCUCGCCUACUCACAAGAAUGUUUGAUAAGUUGUGAAGGAGUUUCAAGUACUUUUGUUUUUAUUGUUAUAAUGACUGUUUAGGUCUUUUGAAUUCAUAGAAGAUAUGAACAGUAGGAAUGACUUAGUUUCCCCAAAAUGUCAGUAAUGUGUAUGAAAUGACUUUGUUGGGAAGCAAUUUUAAUGUUUAUAAUAAGCAACAAGAAUGUACAUAGAAUCUGGAAUCUAAUAUUUAUUGCAGAUUUUUAUAAUUAAAUUUUUGAUUUACC